UAGAUGAUUGUGCCGCUUCCAGAAGGAGUAUUUAGCGCACGACGCAUCUUUUAUUACAAAAACGCAUACUACGGAGAUCUUUUUAAUAACAAUGCAUUAAAAAACAUUGUUUUAAAACUUAACAGAUAAAAGAAAUUUUUUGAAAUAAUUGUAUACACAAAUUAAUAUAAAUAUUUUUGUGCCGAAGAAGACAAGAAAAGAUAUUCUUCACCAGGGUCUAGACUUGAAUUUUAAUCAAAAUGGCUGAAAUGGACGACCAUCACUUCGAAACUGGAGAUUCUGGUGCUUCUCAAACUUAUCCAAUGCAAUGUUCCGCAUUGCGUAAAAAUGGUUUUGUUAUGCUCAAAGGUAGACCCUGUAAGAUUGUUGAAAUGUCUACUUCCAAAACUGGAAAGCACGGCCACGCUAAGGUCCAUUUGGUAGGCAUCGAUAUUUUUACAAAUAAGAAAUAUGAAGAUAUUUGCCCAUCUACUCACAACAUGGAUGUUCCACAUGUUAAGAGGGAAGACUAUCAGUUGACCGACAUCAGUGAUGACGGUUUUUUGACUUUAAUGUCAGACAAUGGUGAAAUUAGGGAGGAUCUUAAAUUACCUGAGGGUGAAUUGGGCAAUUCUUUAAGAGCCGAUUUCGAUAAUGGCAAAGACCUUUUGUGUACAGUACUCAAGUCUUGUGGUGAGGAAUGCGUUAUUGCUACUAAGACUAAUACCGCUCUUGACAAGUAGAGCUUCACGUAAUUCGGAAACCAUCAUAUAUAACUAAAUAACAUCAAUAAGGACUUUGUCUAAUUGCUGCAAAUUUUCUUUGCAUUUAGGCGUUGAAGUAUAUUUUUACAAUAGUCUAUUUUAUAACUUUAAUGUCUUAGAGUUUUACUUUCCACUAAUAAUAUAAUAAGGUCCUUGUUCACUUAAUUUUACCGGAAAAUAUACUUCGAAAAAAAACUGAAUAAAAGCAGAAAUUUGAACAACCACA